GGGGCGGGCGCCUUGCAAGCUGGUGCAUCUAGAUUAAAGGAUUUACUCGAAGACAAAGCAUUCUAUUCAUCAGAGACUAGACAAGAGUUACUCUUGCUUUUGGCAAUUAAAGAUGAUGUUGUCAUGGAAACAGCUGAUCCUGUUUUUAUUCAUUGGCUGCCUGGCAGGUGAGCUUCUUUUGCAAGGCCCCGUGUUUAUCAAAGAGCCCAGCAACAGCGUUUUCCCAGUUGGUUCAGAAGAUAAAAAAAUAACUUUAAAUUGUGAAGCAAGAGGCAACCCUUCACCUCAUUACAGAUGGCAGCUGAAUGGCAGUGAUAUCGAUACAAGUCUGGACCAUCGUUACAAAUUGAAUGGAGGAAAUCUUGUAGUUAUUAACCCCAACAGAAACUGGGAUACAGGAAGUUACCAGUGUUUUGCAACAAAUUCUCUUGGAACUAUAGUGAGCAGAGAAGCCAAACUCCAAUUUGCCUCUUUCCUGUUGGCUGCUGUGCCUCCACCUCUGCCACUGCUUCGGACCUUUAUGGGGAAGCGCCUGGGAAUCCAUUCCCCAGAAGCCCAUGGAGAUGUUCGCAGUUCACCUGUGUCCUGUUGGACUCAGAUCAGGGUUUGUCCCCCUUCUCCCCAGACUCUUCAUCUUGAAAAUUUUAAGACAAGAAUGAGAAGCACAGUGUCAGUCCGUGAAGGCCAGGGGGUGGUACUUCUCUGCGGACCGCCACCACACUCGGGCGAACUAUCAUAUGCUUGGGUCUUCAAUGAGUAUCCAUCAUUUGUUGAAGAAGACAGUCGAAGAUUUGUCUCUCAAGAGACAGGGCACCUCUACAUAGCUAAGGUGGAGCCAUCUGAUGUGGGAAAUUACACAUGUGUGGUGACGAGCACUGUGACAAAUGCCAGAGUACUGGGUUCUGCGACCCCUUUGGUGCUACGCUCUGAUGGUGUCAUGGGUGAAUAUGAACCCAAAAUAGAAGUCCAGUUUCCAGAAACUCUUCCAGCAGCCAAAGGUUCAACUGUGAAGUUAGAAUGCUUCGCCCUUGGAAACCCUGUUCCUCAGAUUAAUUGGAGAAGAAGUGAUGGGAUGCCCUUUCCCAACAAAAUUAAAUUGAGGAAGUUCAAUGGUGUGCUUGAAAUCCCAAACUUCCAACAGGAAGAUACAGGCUCCUAUGAGUGCAUUGCUGAAAAUUCACGAGGAAGAAAUGUGGCAAGAGGCCGGCUCACUUACUAUGCAAAACCUCACUGGGUUCAACUGAUAAGAGAUGUGGAAAUAGCUGUGGAGGACAGUCUUUAUUGGGAAUGCCGGGCAAGUGGGAAGCCCAAGCCCUCCUACCGAUGGCUCAAAAAUGGAGACGCCUUAGUACUAGAGGAGAGAAUACAGAUUGAAAAUGGUGCCCUUACAAUAUCCAACCUCAACGUGACUGACUCUGGAAUGUUCCAGUGUAUAGCAGAGAACAAGCAUGGGCUCAUUUACUCCAGCGCUGAGCUCAAGGUCGUAGCUUCUGCUCCCGAUUUUUCAAGGAACCCUAUGAAAAAAUUGGUUCAGGUGCAGGUGGGCAGCCUGGUGAUCUUGGAUUGUAAACCCAGAGCCUCUCCAAGGGCACUUUCUUUCUGGAAGAAGGGAGACACCAUUGUGCGGGAGCAGGCGAGGAUUUCUCUUUUAAGUGAUGGAGGACUCAAAAUUAUGAAUGUGACUAAGGCUGAUGCUGGAACCUACACCUGCACAGCAGAAAACCAGUUUGGGAAAGCAAAUGGCACAACACAUUUGGUUGUGACAGAACCAACAAGAAUAAUUUUGGCACCUUCUAACAUGGAUGUUGCCGUCGGUGAGAGCGUCAUUUUACCCUGCCAGGUGCAACACGACCCGCUGUUGGACAUUAUGUUUGCCUGGUAUUUCAAUGGAGCCCUUACGGACUUUAAGAAAGAUGGAUCCCACUUUGAGAAAGUUGGUGGAAGUUCGUCAGGCGAUUUAAUGAUCAGAAACAUUCAACUGAAGCACAGUGGGAAGUAUGUGUGUAUGGUGCAGACUGGGGUGGACAGCGUUUCAUCUGCAGCUGAGCUCAUAGUGAGAGGUUCACCUGGACCACCAGAAAACGUGAAGGUAGACGAAAUUACAGAUACAACAGCCCAGCUGUCUUGGACAGAAGGCACAGACAGCCACAGCCCAGUUAUAUCCUAUGCAGUCCAAGCUAGGACACCUUUCUCCGUGGGCUGGCAAACUGUCACGACAGUACCUGAGGUCAUUGAUGGCAAGACACAUACAGCUACUGUCGUGGAGUUAAACCCAUGGGUGGAAUAUGAAUUUCGGGUUGUAGCCAGUAACAAAAUCGGAGGUGGAGAACCCAGUUUACCCUCAGAAAAAGUAAGGACUGAAGAGGCAGCUCCAGAAGUGGCACCUUCUGAGGUCAGUGGAGGAGGUGGAAGCCGAUCCGAACUAGUGAUAACCUGGGAUCCAGUUCCUGAAGAACUACAGAAUGGUGGAGGUUUUGGAUACGUGGUUGCUUUCCGCCCACUUGGGGUUACCACCUGGAUCCAGACAGUGGUGACAUCCCCAGAUAACCCGAGAUACGUCUUUAGGAAUGAAAGCAUCAUGCCUUUUUCACCAUAUGAAGUUAAAGUGGGUGUUUACAACAACAAAGGUGAAGGGCCCUUUAGCCCAGUGACAACAGUGUUCUCUGCAGAGGAAGAGCCUACAGUAGCCCCAUCCCACAUCUCUGCCCAUAGCCUGUCUUCUUCAGAAAUCGAGGUUUCAUGGAAUACAAUUCCCUGGAAGUUGAGCAAUGGACAUUUGCUUGGCUAUGAGGUGCGGUACUGGAACAAUGGAGGAGAAGAAGAAUCAUCCAGCAAAGUGAAAGUGGCAGGAAAUCAGACAUCAGCUAUGCUCCGAGGCCUGAAGAGCAACCUGGCAUAUUACACAGCUGUCCGGGCUUACAACAGUGCAGGCGCUGGCCCCUUCAGCGCCACAGUUAACGCAACCACCAAGAAAACUCCUCCUAGUCAGCCACCAGGAAAUGUUGUUUGGAAUGCCACAGACACGAAAGUGUUGUUGAAUUGGGAGCAAGUGAAAGCGAUGGAGAAUGAGUCAGAAGUAAUAGGCUACAAGGUUUUCUAUAGGACUAGCAGUCAGAAUACUGUGCAAGUGCUGAACACAAAUAAAACUUCAGCUGAACUUUUGCUGCCUAUCAAAGAGGACUACAUUAUCGAAGUCAAGGCCACCACAGAUGGAGGGGAUGGUACCAGUAGUGAGCAGAUCAGGAUCCCAAGAAUAACGAGUAUGGAUGCAAGAGGAUCCACAUCAGCCAUUUCUAACAUCCACCCUGUGUCAGGUUAUAUUCCCGUCCUACUGUUCUUUAUUGUAAAUGCUUUGUGGUGAUAGGCCCUUGUUAUUGUUUACUGGAAAGUUAAUUGGUUACAUACAAAAAAAAAAGUGCUUUCUGAAUCAGUGAUUAUGCAUGUUUUUUUUCAGGUAUGUGUUUUUAAAUUUCUACUCCAUUAUAGGUAAAAUAUGAAUAUAAUAAAAGCAGUAAAUCCUUUAAGAGGAAUCUGAAAUGCCUUAAUAUUUGCUUGGUAAACCAAAGGAACUUACAAAUUAUAUACUGCAAACUUUUGAUAGAAAUAUUCUUAUGUUAUGGGUUUAAUCACUGCCUAUGUGUGAGGCACAUACAAACACCGGAUACACAAAAACACAGUUACACACAUGACAUGUACAAACACAUAGUACACACACAGUACACACAACACACAAUCUACCAACAGAGCACGAGACACACACACACACACACACACACACCAUUUUUCUAUCCUGCAAACUCGUUUAUUCCAAAUAUUUUUUUCUCAUUAUUACAACAGCACCUAUCAUGUUAGGCUUACUAAUUUUAGCAUGGAUCCAAUUUUAAUCCCUCAGGGUAAAAAUGCUCUUAGACAGUUAUGCUGGAAGGGAGUGGCCUGCCCUGUGAUCCCAUAGAGUAUUAGUAGAAAGUACUGCUCUGAGCUUGGCGAGGUGACAUCUGUCUCACUGUGCUCCUCUGUGGAGGCGAGAUUCCUUUAGUCACUGGUCCUCUCAUUUUUCAAUUCCUCAUACUGUAAAACAAGAUGACAAUAUUUCUCCUAUCUGCCUUUGCUGAAAGGAGUCAUUGUUACAAAACAAAGACGGGACUAUGAAAAGUAUGGCUUCCCCCACGUGCAGUGUCCCUGUGCCAAAUCUUACAUGAACUCCCUAACAUGACACAGCAAACCUGGCAUUUCUGACUUGCUGCUGUUCCAUGUUCUCGGUAGGAUGAUCUGUCUUGUUCGAAGAUGGGAAUUGAAUCUGAGUGUAUAUUGUAACACCUUUUCUUUUUGUUCAUAUUUACAAAGAAAGAGAUGGAACAUGAAAAUGAGCACCUUUUACCCUUCCUCAGAAAUUAGAGUGAAAUCAAUUAGAACUCACUCAUUCCUUUCCCAUGUAAAAAUAUGUUUUCAGGCUCUGUCAAAACCCAGUAGAGAAAAUAAGGAACAACUGUAUGUUAACCCAAAUGUGAAACAAAAUGCACAUAAUUCUUCACUUCCAGUUUCUGAUUCCAUUAAGGGGUCCUC